UAGUCAAUGAGCGCCCUUAUGACCCCAACCCACUUGGGCGUGUUCCUGUUUUUAUUUUUGUUUUUUAACAAAGAAAGCUGGAAGGUUUGUUGUUUUUCCUUUUUUGCUUCUUCAAUUUUUUUUAUUUUUCUAAUAAAAUUUUAAAAAUUAAAAAACUCUUUCAGAUAAAUCUAAGCAAUUAUGAGUUCAGCAACAAGUCCAUUACCACCCCCUCCUAGGGCAACAAGUGCACCAAUUUCUACACUUAAUUUGAAUUCCUUUUCUGAUUCGACUGCUGAAAGUUUGUCAAUUAAUUUUGCAAGAAAUAAAAAGGCACAAAUGGCAGCUAGAGCUUUGUUUGAAUUAGUGCAUAAUUAUGGGGAUAAUUUGAGAGAGGGUUGGAAAAACGUGUUUGAUUGUUUAAUAUAUUUAUUACGUGCCAAUUUACUUCCACCAAAAUUGUUGGAAUUGGAAGAUUUUGUGGAUGUUAGAGGAAUUGUGACAAUUAAAGAAAAGUUUAAACGUCCACAGAUUUUACCAAAAAAAGAAGAAAGUGGACUGUUUAGUUGGUUAGGUUUAAGUGUUUCUUCAAUUUCUAGUGAAACUGAUUUAAAUAAAAAACAAAUAAAUGAAGAAGAACAACAAUUAUGCAAUGUAUGGAGAGGGUUUUAAUUUAAAAUAUUUUUUUUGAAUAAUGCGGACAUUUUUUGCGGAUUUUUCUUUAGCUUUUUAGUAAUUACCUAAGUUGGUUUCUAAUUUUUGGAAUUUUUUUAUUCUUGCCUAGCAAGGUCUACGGAAAAUUUUCGAAUGAUAAAUUAGUGUUUAGGGCAGAGAGACAUAUCGGGACGGUCAUAUCGGGAUUGCUGUGG